ACUCGUGCGCUUCCAAGAUAUUUUCUCCCUGCUGACGGUGGACCUCGCGCACGGCCACCUGCAACUUGGGAUCACAAUCUUGGUUAGAUUCGUCGAGGCCGGCGUCCUCACCUCUCCGUAAUCCACUGCCGCUUCCUUUGUGUUUCUCCGCCCUCCACCUCGCCUGGUCUUGGAUCUCUCCAACCAAAGCAAAGGGGAAGAAGGAAGGAUGGGCGCAGUAGUGAAGAAGGGAUGGGAGCGGUACAUGCUUCAACUCCAACUGCACCCUCUGAGAACCAAAGCGAUCACGACCGGCGUUUUGGCAGGGAUCAGUGAUUCGGUGGCGCAGAAGCUUUCGGGCAUCCCCAGGCUGCAGCUGAGGCGGCUCCUCCUCAAAGUGCUCUUUGGCUUUGCCUAUGGUGGACCUUUUGGGCACUUCUUGCACAAGCUGUUGGAGAUCAUUUUCAAGGGAAAGAAAGAUUCCAAAACGGUAGCUAAGAAGGUGCUAUUGGAACAGAUGACAUCUUCUCCUUGGAACAAUUUUCUUUUCUUGAUAUAUUAUGGCUUGAUCGUUGAGAGAAGGCCUUGGCCACAGGUCAAGGACAAAGUUAAAAAGGAUUACCCCUCAGUGCAGUUGACUUCAUGGAUGUUCUGGCCAGCAGUAGGGUGGGUAAAUCAUCGGUAUAUGCCGCUACAGUUCCGUGUUAUAUUCCAUAGCUUUGUGGCAUGUUGCUGGGGAAUAUUUUUGAACCUUAGAGCGAGGACUAAGGCGUUGCCUAAAUGAUGGAAGGAAAUAUAGGCGCAAGGAGGGGAUUCAUUCGAAAAAGCAAAAAAGAUCAAGACUUGAAUUAUAUGAUUCAUAGCUCGGCGAAGGCUCUAUUCUCGAAACGACAAAAUAUAUCUUUGCCUCUUUGAAGUUUUAGCAUUCCAUAUUCAUACCUCUCGAAAGAAAUAUAUCUUUUGAGUUGCACAUUUGAAACUUCAAAAGUACCAUAUACAUAGAUAGCCAUGAAGCAUAUAUUCUGUAUAUCUUCUCUUGCCACAGGGGUGAAUGUAAUAUUUGAAUUGAUUAGGCAUUAUCUGUGAUUUUAAAUUGAA